AUGUUGAACUAUGAAUUCUCGUGGGGACCGUCGACCUUCGCAGCGGUGGUGGCAGCGAGCGCUGCGUUAAUCUACGUCCUCCGCUGGCUCGCACUCCCCAAGCCGUUCCCGGGGAUCCCGUACAAUGAGGAAUCCGCGAACAGAGUACUCGGCGACAUGCCCUUGAUCCGGGCCGCUCGCUCUCGUCGCACCUGGUUCGCGGAAACGGCCCUGAGUUUCAACAGCCCCUUGAGCCAAAUAUUCUUCCCGUUUACCAGCCCGCUCUUGAUCUGCGCCGACCCUGUUGAGGCCAACGACAUAUGCACCAGGAGGCUCAAGGAGUUCAAGCGCAACAGCGCGCUGCAAAGCAUUUUUGGCUGUGUGAUUCCUAACCAUCACAUCGGCAUGGCGGACGAUGAUCCCAGGUUCAAGAAGAACAGGGAGCUGGUGCGGGACCUGAUGACGCCCGCCUUCCUGCACGAGGUCUCGGCGCCGCAGAUUUACGACAAGGGCGCGCGCCUCGUCGAAUUGUGGACGGAAAAGAUGCGCAUCAGCAACGGACGACCCUUUGAGGCUGGCAGAGACAUCCACAACAUGGCCCUUGAUAUCAUUCUGUCCGUCGCAUUCAAUAGAGAUGAGUCUUUGGGGGUGACGAUGCGGAACACCGCGCAUCUUGCCAACCUUCCCGUCCAGAGCGCCGCCAAGGACGAGACCGAACCGGCGACAAUCGAGAAUCUCCCGCUGGACACGGAAGCCCAAGUCUUCAACGCAAUGACGGACAGCGUCGGCAUGAUUUUCAAGUCGCCGCUUCCCCGGCUGCGCGGCUGGUUCCUGAAGAGAACGGACUGGAUGAAGAAGGCUAUGGCAUCCAAAGAUGAGAUGACUACGCGCGAGCUGGCCAAGGCCGUGGAGAGGAUGGAGGCGUCGGAGCCGCCUCGAUGCGCCAUGGACCAGAUACUUCUGAGAGAACGUGCCAUGGCAGAGAAGGAGGGAAGGCAGCCUGACUAUUAUUCGCCCACAAUCAGAGAUGAGCUCCUCGGAUACCUCGUUGCCGGCCACGAUACGACAUCCUCGGCGUUCCAAUGGGGGCUCAAGUUCAUCGCACGGAACCAGCCAGCACAGAAGCGUCUCCGCGCUACGCUGCGCGAGGCGUUCCCUUCCGCCGCCGCAUCCGGGCGCGCGCCUACCGCAACAGAGAUCCUAAAGACGCAGAUCCCCUACCUUGACGCCGUGGUCGAAGAAAUCUUGCGAUGCUGUGAGACCCUCCCGAUCACGAGUCGCGAGGCAAAGGUCGACACGCAGGUGCUGGGACACCACGUACCAAAGGGCACUGUCGUAUUAUUCAUCGGUAAUGGGCCGGGGUACUUACGCCCCGCGAUCCCCGUCGACGAGUCGAAGCGUACAACAGAAACGGCGAAGCACGCGGCGCACCGGGCGCAUGUAUGGGACCCGGCCGACGUUGACGCGUUCAAACCCGAGCGGUGGAUGAAGAAGACCACCGAAGACGGCGAGGAGAAGGAGGUGUUUGACGCUACUUCUGGACCUUUCAUGCCGUUCGGGUAUGGCCCGCGAGCAUGCUUCGGCAAGCGACUGGCGUACAUGGAGAUGCGCAUCGUCCUGUGCCAUGUCAUUUGGGCGUUUGAGCUCGAGACGGUGAGCAAGGAGCUGGACAGCUCGACCAGGAUAGAAGCGUUGGCUACGACCCCGGGCGACUGCUACGUCAAGUUGAGGAAUGUGUAG